ACUAUUCUUCUUAAAUGGCAAGUAGCUGGUUUUUAUAUGUCUGAGUUCCAGCAAGUAUUCUCUGUUCCCCAUUCUAAUAGCCAUUCAAAAGAUGCAUUAAAAAACAGGAGCCGGUGAUUGAUCGUAACAGACUUUGUCAUUGUAGUCAAACAGAUUUUCCACUCUCAUAAAGAGCAGCUUGCCAACAGGGAAACUAUUUUUCAAAAUGCCGAAUGAUGCAAGCAGUAAAGUAGUUUGAGUAGGAGUCUUGAAACACGCACAGCCAUGUAGGUAACCCUUGGAUCAAAUAUCAGUGCAGUGUGGGUGGUGAAAAAUUAUCAGAGGAAGAGUAUGUGGCUCAGGGUGGUACUUGCUGAAGCACAGAGAAACUUCAGGACUCACCGACACUAGUUUGUGUUGCAGAGAGAGCCAGAAAAGGUGAGAGAACAUUUCUAAAAGUAACUCUUCUUGCAGCUUCAAGAUAUGAGUGUACUGCUUGUAUGGAAGAACUCUGCUCAAGCAUAGCGAGUCAAGUCAAAUGUGAAGUGGUGCUGGUUUUGAAAGCAUGAUAUGAACAAAGCAAAGCUAAGCUAUUCUCGAAUAAAGGAAGUGCUUAGAAGACCAAGAGGAAAGUUCCAGUCUGUAUUAUAUGGAAGUUAUUGAAAAACUGAUCUUUGGAAGUCUAUGGAGUAUGGACCGGUAAAGUUCAGCAUUAAAAUAUGAUUGUUUCUUAUCAAAGUUUCAAUGUGCAGUGUACUUCCUAAUCCAUCUCAUUUGUCUUUGCAACGACCCUAUGAAUUAUAUCAUCAUUAUUCUCUCUUCUUCCCCGCGGCCCUAAAAUUAUACAAAGCCAAAAUGUUGGCACAGCUCAUCUAUGGAUCCUUUCUGGGCCCGCCUUCCUCUGCUUUCUCCCCCUUUGAGAGAGUUCAAUCCAAACUUCUUAGAGCUCUCCUACAAGUCCCCAGAUGUGUUUCAAAUGCAAGGGUCGACUAGAAACGGGGAUGAUGAGAGUGGAGGCUUAUAUCUGCCUAACAUCAAUCUACAAAUGGCUGUCUUUGAAUCUGCUCCCCCAAAGGAAUAGCCCCACUGAUCUUCUGUGACCAGUUCCAGUCAGGCUGGCAGACAGCAGUCCUGAACACCCUUCAGAAACUGAGAAACUGAGUAUCUAAGUAUGGGGAUGAGCCAAGCAAAAGCUAUGGUUAGGCAAAGAAUCAUAGACACCGAGAGACAACAGGAUUGCUCAAGGUGCCCCGACUAUAAAACUGGAGAGAUAUUUAGCCGCACCGGCAGCAUAUCUCUUCUUUCUAGUAUCCAAAAAUGCAAGAAGGUCUUUUACUCUUGCCAGAAGCUUGGCUUUGCCCUCGCCCGUCCUGGAAGGAUCCUUUAAAAAAGUCCCAUAUGCUCAGAGAAUUUGCACCUGUUCAUUGGGGGAGAUAGGAAGCCCAGAGCACUUAUUUUUUAGAUGUCCCUUUUAUGAAGAGGCAUGUAGUGAGACCAUUGAUUCCCUGCUGGUGAGGCUCACCGACCUCCCGGAAAAGCAAAAAUUCGAUCUUCUCCUGUUAGGCAAAGAUUAAAAGACGACCCGGAUGGUCGCCAGAUUCUGUGUACACAUCUGUAGGCGCAGAUCAUCCCCCAAUCCAAACUAGUUCAUCAAGAAAAUCCCCAAACUCGGUCCCUCGGGUGAUACCGGGUCAUGUCUCUGCGGUAGCUUCUCUCAAAGUUUUUAGUGUCUAUACGCUUAUCACAUUUAUAAAUUUUAAAUUUACUGUUGUUCAAUGUUUUAAAUGUUUGUGUUCCUUUUGGGAUUGUACCCCCAAGUGUGUUUUAUAUGCUGGUCUCCGGCUGUAAUAAAUUAUCUAUCUAUCAUUAUUCUCAGUUUUACAGCUAGAGACACCAACGUACCAAGACAACCCAAAUUCCUACAGAAGCAGGAAUUUCAGCCUGGGACGAAUCUCUACUUGUUCUGCAAAGAGGGUUUCAUGGUCUCCAAAAGUAAUUACUGCCCUCAACUCUUAGUAAUUUGGGCCUGCUUAGACCGAUGGAAACCAGCUAUAAAUAGACAAGGUAGGAAAAUUGUGGGGGGUGUACUGUAUGGUAAUAAUCAUCUUACUUUUAUUCUCUGUAGGUUGCAGUCAUCAGAUCUACUGAUUUAAUGAAGUGAGGUUCUUGUGGCUAAGAACACUGUAAUAAUGAUGGCAGUAUUGGCCCAUGGACACCAUCUCUUUUUGGUUGGCUUCUUAGGCUUCUGUCUGGAUAGUUUUGUACAAGGCCAAAAGAAUAAUACUCUUAUUUUCACCAAGGAAACCACAAUUCGUAACUGCACAUGUCCUGAUGAUAUUAGUGACAAUGACUGCGAUUACAGUCUGGCAAAUCUGAUCUGCAAUUGCAAGACUGUUUUGCCCUAUACAAUAGACAAAAGCUACUACAAUAAUCUGACAAUUUGGUUCACGGAAACAUCCAUGUUGAGAAUGCUGUUGAACUUUACAGCUGUGUAUGACCUGAAGCUCUCACUUUGUGGCAGAAUUCCUCUGUCAGCAAAAUUUCUGACCAUUUGGGGACUGCGAAGACUACAGAUAAAAAGUGAGAUCAAUGGCCAGAUACGAGAACAAAGCUUAACUAUCUACAGCAGCCACGACAAUGAAGCACAAGGCAAAUUAAAGAUGCCAUGCAGAGACAGAAACAUGAUCACAUACAUUGCUGUUUUAGACACCUCUCUCUUCAAUGGCUACUCUCCACUAAAAUCAUACAGCGUGGAAAACAUCUCCAACAUUACAGACCACUUUCCACAUCUGCCAUAUUUGGACACGUUCUUCACAACAAAUAACAAAAGCUGUAUUAUAACAUUCAUAUACUGACACAGUAUGCUUGGCCAUUUAUAUAGAGCAGCCAUAGGCUGUUGCCAGAAAUACGAUCUUGUAGAAACAGAGCUCCUGGCAUUCCUUUAGAAGAUGGAAUCCUUAAGGGAUGCACUCACUUUGGGGCAACCAUGCCAAUGAUGGGAGGGGCCAUGCCAGCCAUGCAAAAACAAUCAGGGUAUGAAGUAGGGCCAGUGAAGGGCAUGGCUUGAGAAGAGCUUUGAGGGCUAGAAAUUGGCUCUCGGUUCCUCACCUUUGCUUCAAACCACACACACAAAUAAAAAUGUAGAAUGAAACCGAAUUAGCACUGGCUCUAUAUUUUCUAUUUGAGUAAACAAUGGGGGAGUUCAUUUUCAUUCAAAGCUCCUGUUAGCUGUCUGCAACCUGCCAUGUUCAAAACAUAGGCUAACUAACUACUUGACUCUUUGGUCCUAUCUCAAACAACAAAAUUGUUCGCAUUGCUCAAUAGAGUCAACACUAACUCCCAAUAAUUAUUCAUCAUAAAGUAUUUCCUUAAAGUGCCCAAGCAUUACUCUGAACUGGGUCCAUAGGAUCAGAUAUCCUAGGAUAUUGCUUGGCAAAUAUGGAUUAUUUUACCAACAUUUUAAAUUGUAAAAUAAUGCCAUCACAUAUGAUUAAAAGCAGCUACAUUUAAAAAAAACCACCUAACCAACAUGUAGAUGUCCACUGACAGAGAAAAAAAUAUGUCAAGGGUAGUUGGAAUAAUUCAGGAAGUUGUGAUGAGUUUGCUUGACUCAUCUUCUUUCAGUUGAAAGAAAUAACUGGUACAAAUCCUGAAAACAGGAGGCUUCAAAACAUAACUCAUGCAGUAGUUGGAUUAUUCAUACGUCCUGAAAUGCAUAAUUACCAGUAAAUUCCACUAUGAUAAAAAUAUAAUAAACCAGCUUCCUGUAUGGGGGAAAAAAUUGAUGGGAUAAAUUAGCUGUCUACUUCAUGCUACAGAACCAUCAAAUAAGAGCUAGAGAUCUAACCAUGUAUAGGACUCAGGUCUUAAGUGGAACACUAAUUCAGAUUAAGGAAAAUAUUUUAAAUGUCCAGAACCCAUGAAGCAGUGCCAAGAAACCACUUCCAAGAUUUGAAGUCUUAAGUACCGAAAACCUUAAAUAUGGAUAAGUACCAGCUCUUUACGGUGCGUGUUCUUCUGUGAAGUUCCAUCCCAUGAUGCUCUAUUAUUAAUAAACAUUUAUAAGAGUGCCUAAAAUGUACUGUGCACUGUUCAAAUGUUAAAAAGCAAGACUGUAAUCUUGUAACCAAGAACGGUCUAACACAAAAGGGGAAGGGAUUAGGAAGGAAGCUGAAAACAUGCAAACUCAGGUUCUAAUUUUUAAACUUAACAUACUUGUUCUUAAGAGUGACCAGCUGGAAUGGCAAACGUUCAGGGAGAGAAGGAAGCAGCCAAAUAACAGCUGUUUGAAUGCUUAAACAUGGAAGAUCAGGCAAAAGAAAUACUUCUUAUGCAAACCAUGAUCUCACUGGCAGCUGGUGCCACUGGCAUGGGAAAUAACCAUUCAAUUGGCCCUUCCAUCAUGAAGUUAUGCAAGUGUUCUUAGGGUGACCAGUUGGAAUGCCAACUGUUCAGGGGAGGGAAGAACCAAAUGGUAGUUGUAGUAGUGUUUAGACAUUGGCCCAGAAAAUGACCAUGUUAUUGGCACCUUCCCUCAUUCCAAUAUUACUGAAGCAGUAGGCAAUGGAGCCAUGAAGGAGUAGGAAUCAUACGCAUCUGUAAGGUUAAGAACUGCCUUGGACAAUGAUUUAGGUACUUCAUGACUUGAUCUCCAGGAAUUAAGUUUUAUUCUGUAAUUUUAUUAGUACAAAAUCUAAGUAUGAAUAAAUUAAAAUAAACAAAUUAAUGGCUUCAUUCCAGUUAAUUACAUUACCCCUCAGUGUACGUCUCAGCACUCCACAAGUGGUUAGCACAAAGCUCUCCAAAUAAUUGGCUGCUCUACUUCCUAUUAGUGUUUAUGCAGUGCUGGAUUCUUAUGCUUUAAAGCCUCUUUAUAUAUAUUACGUAUUUAAUAUACACAUUUAAAUGUUUUAUAUGCACACAUUAAAAUGCACUGAUUGUGGACAUCAACUGUAUACUCAGUGUUGUGUGCCUCAUACAGGUAAAUGCACCUGUAGCUGGGGUUUUCAACAGUAAGUAUGAGCAGAUUAAAACAUGUUGUUACUGUAUAGCACAAAGUGAUACUCAGAGAGAAUAAAUCAAAAAAGCAAAAUUCUGAGCGUAUUACUAUGUCUUGUUGACCAGAUAAAAAACAAUGUAGAUGAAUACAAUGUCACAGAAAACAAUCAGCAACUUUUGGAAAUAAUAUACAUAACUUGAAUGUCAAAUGACUUUCUAUUCAUGAUCAUAUUAUUUAACUGUGAUGUGGAUUUCUCCUUGUAACACCAUAGCUUUUGGCAUUUGACUACCUGAUAAUAAUUACUUAUGAGUUAUGUUGUUUGAGAUGCAAUUUGUAUUUGGAAUUCUAAGCUCAGUAAACAGUGUAAACAAUAAUGUAUCCAGUUUUACCAGAUAAAAUUUUUAUUAUGCACAUCAAGUUUUAACUAAGCAGAGCUAUUUUCGUUGCAAUUUUUUACUAAUGCCAACUACCGGUAGCAAGUGAUUUUGUUUGAGAUACAUGAUUAUGCUGAAUAAAAGACGGUUUUGAAGUA